GGCAUGGGCCUCUUUCAUCACUUUCGGCCCAUUCAAUACAACUCUAAAACCCUCGUUACAGCUGACUUCUCAUUUCCCUUACAGUCUCGGAACCCUAAUUACACAGCGGCGGUACACACUCAACAUCUUAAUGGGUCGGGUUAUCAGGGCACAACGUAAGGGAGCAGGGAGUGUAUUCAAGUCCCACACUCACCACCGCAAAGGACCCGCCAGAUUCCGGAGCCUCGAUUUCGGCGAGAGAAAUGGGUACUUGAAAGGCGUGGUGACCGAGAUUAUCCAUGACCCGGGUCGUGGAGCUCCGCUUGCCCGGGUGACAUUCAGGCACCCAUUCCGUUACAAGCAUCAGAAGGAGCUGUUCGUAGCUGCAGAGGGUAUGUAUACUGGUCAGUUCAUUUUCUGUGGGAAGAAGGCCAAUCUCAUGGUUGGUAAUGUUUUGCCUCUGCGAUCCAUUCCCGAGGGUGCUGUCGUUUGCAAUGUCGAACAUCAUGUCGGUGAUCGCGGUACUCUUGCCAGAGCUUCUGGGGAUUACGCUAUUGUUAUCAGUCAUAAUCCUGAUAACGGAACUUCUCGGAUCAAACUUCCAUCUGGUUCCAAGAAAAUUGUUCCUAGUGGUUGCCGUGCAAUGAUUGGCCAGGUUGCUGGUGGAGGAAGAACUGAGAAGCCUAUGCUUAAGGCCGGAAAUGCUUAUCACAAGUAUCGUGUGAAACGCAACUGCUGGCCCAAGGUUCGUGGUGUUGCUAUGAAUCCUGUUGAGCAUCCUCAUGGUGGUGGUAACCACCAACAUAUUGGUCAUGCCAGUACUGUUCGUCGUGAUGCACCACCUGGUAAAAAGGUUGGUCUCAUUGCUGCUAGGAGGACUGGUCGGCUUCGUGGGCAAGCUGCUGCUACUGCUUCUAAAGCUGAUUAAGCAUAGAUUUUGUGUUUUCUUAUCAACUUAAUCAACAUUUUGACUAAAAGCUGGUUUUAUGUAUCAAGACUUUGAUAAUUAUGCGUCUUAGAAGUUUUUGUUAUUGUCAAAGAAAAAGGGAAGUUUUUUUUGUUAA